GGGGCCAGUUACUUAACAUCUUUGAGCAGAUUUUCAGUUUCUGAAUCGGUAAAAUGGGUUGCGGUAGGGAUUUAGUGAUGUGAUUAAGCAAGAGCACUUUGAGCUUUACAGAUGAUAAUGGUUUUUAUUACUCCCCUGGAGCAGGGGCUCCAAGAAAGGAAGGGAAAUGGCUACCAGAAAUUGGCACUCCAGCCCCAUUCCCCUGAAACCAGGCAUGGAUUCUCAUUCUGCGUCCUGUACGUCUGCCAAAUGGGUUUCUCUGUGCCUAGGACCCACACCUUCCCACGUUGCCUAAGGACCCGAGGCCCCUUGCCUGUCCCCACCUUGCUCUAGUUGCAAACUGGACAGGAAGGCCUGAGUUUCCACCCUCCCCCCACUGCAGCCUUGAGCUGCAGCUUCAGUCUCUGACCGGAGGGAAUCCUUUUGCCGAUUUGGGGUGGUCCUUGGGCAGCAGGAAGGGCUGUUCCUUCCGAGGCCUGUGACCUGUGACCGAAACCUUUCAGUUGUCCUGAAGUCCCAGAAUCCAGGCCUUCUAGAAUCAAGCCUGCUCUGGCGCCCAAAGGGAAGGGGCUUCUGGAAUGGAGACUCACAGGAGACUUGAGACUUUUAUUGUGACCCAGUUUUAUCCAUUAUGCUGCUAGCCUGGCACCCACAGUACCGCCCUGUUCCCCUCCCGUGCCUGGCCCCCAUGCUGGCAUUGCAGGUGCCAGGGAGACAGUGGGAGGUAGGGGUGAGGGCUGGGGAGUGACAGAGGCUGACAGGAGGCGGGGACUCAGUGGGGGGCUGAGGACUAUAAAGGGGCGCAGCGGAGAGCAGGGGGACCCAUCUGGCCCCAGGCAGGUGCCCGCUUGGUCCAGUGCCCACUCUCUCGGACCCAGGCUGCCCGCCCCCUGCUCCUCAGAUGGCUGCCACGCACCGCUGCAUCUCCCUGCUGCUCCUGUCCACCUGUGUGGCUCUGUUGCUGCAGCCACUGCUGGGCGCCCAAGGAGCCCCGAUGGAGCCAGUAUACCCAGGGGAUGAUGCCACGCCAGAGCAGAUGGCCCAGUACGUGGCUGAUCUCCGCAGAUACAUCAACAUGCUGACCAGGCCAAGGUAUGGGAAAAGAGACAAAGAAGACACGCUGGACUCCUUGCAGUGGGACUCCCCCCACGCAGCUGCCCCCAGGGAACUCAGCCCGAUGGACCUGUAAUGCCACCUCCUGCCUCCUACGACUCCAUGAGCACUGCCAGCCCAGCUCGUCCCUCCACACCCUUGGCUCUGGCCAGAGCUUGCCCCUGCUCCCACACAGGCUAAAUAAAGCAAGUCAAAGUCACA